AAUAUUUCAUAAAACGAAAGCACUCGCAUAAAUCCUCCUUGAUCACCAGCUUGAAAACAAUACUCAGCUAUGGAGGACGAUGAAGCCAUCGAAAAUGACCCUAUUCUACAAAAAUUGCGACAAAAAAAGAGCAAAAAAGUAGUCGAGUGGUUUCGUAACCUUUCUUCGUGCUUCUUGAAACCUGAUCUGCUUAUUUCUCAAGCGUUUUGUAUCUUUCUUUACGGUUCUUUUGGUGCUAUAACGCCGUAUUUACCGCUUUAUCUCAAGAGAUACAACUUAGCUGCUUAUCAAGUUGGCAUCAUUUUAGGUUUGUCACCGAUUGUACAAUGUAUUGUUUCACCUGUAUGGAUGGCCAUUGCGGGGAAAUGGAACGCGCAGAAGCUAGUCUUUCUUGCUGGAGUUUUGUCGAUGCUGGUCAAAUUGUUACUAUUUCUUGCUGUGGAACCACAUAAACAAAUCUGUCUACAAAGUUAUGUAAAUUCUUCUACUAAUCUAACUUACACUCGUUCGAUGGUGUAUACGGACUCGAUGAAAGAAGAAGAAGUCAAAUGGACUGUAGUCAAACGAACAACCAGCAAGAAAUCGCUCAAAACAACAGCGUCUCCUGCUAGAGAUGUAAGCAAUGAUGACAUUAUAAACGUCAUGGAAAAACUACCGAAGUCUUGGACGUCAAGACAUCUCAUGGCAGGAUCUCCAGUAAUCAUUAAAAGUGUCUUGCCUUCGACGGUUGUGAUAAAAAAAGGCUCUAGAUUGGAUCCAACCCUGAACGCCACUGUUCAUUAUACUAUAACAGGAGAUAAAGACGAAGUAUACGAUAUCUUUCUUAUUUUCCUUCUUUUUACUUUGGUUUGUGACUUUUUACAAGCUCCAACGUUUGGACUAGGAGAUGGCUCUGUGUUUAAUAGCUUGGAGGACAGUUUUCGCUCUUCUCCUACAAAAAUGCACUUCACGGGGUCCCUUGGUUGGGCUGGCACGGCUUUAGUCGUUGGAGCAAUCGUCUAUGGUUCAAAUGCUCUUCGCUGUGGCUUCUACGGCUUCACCUAUUACGCUGCGUUUUAUUUCAGCAUUGGUUUUGUUUGCAUGGCUUUUACUAACGCCCUGUGGUUUGAGUACGUCGACGAUACUAAAAAAUCUGACACUGGCUGUGCCACCUGGAAAAAAUCCUUCAAGACCUUCUGCAAACCCAAACAUCUAAUCUUUCUACUGGGCUUGGUGUACAUUAGCUUAUGUACAGGUUUUCUUGUGCCUUUUCUAAACUGGUACAUCGAUGAUCUUGGUGCAAGUCCUUUAGUUGUGGCAGCACUUUGUUCAACGAGAGUUCUCGUUAUUUUCAUAUCUUACCAAUUCGCAAAGACCAUGGUACCUAUACUUGGCAAGGCUAAUGUGACUCUGUUCUCUCUGAUGUGUUAUACCGUCUGUUUCUUCUGUUAUUGGCUGAUACAGAAUAAUUGGGUUGUGGUAGCAAUUGUUGUAAUUGAAGGAGUUUCGUUCGCCUUCGUCUGGCGUUGCUGUGAUCAUUUCGUUAGACACUUGAAUGUCUCCGAAAACGUCGCUUCCCUCACUAAAGAUCUGCUAUCUGCAAUUUUCUGGGGCGCUGGACAAGGUCUUGGAUCGAUAAUUGGUGGAUCCUUGUAUGACUUCCAAGGAAGGAACACUUUUUGCACUUUAGGCGUAUCAACAAUUGUUUUACUUCUUGUACUGGCUGCAAUUCUUUGCUACAUACAACCURACCCAGAAGAAGACGAGGAAUUUGAUGAUGAUUAUGAUGAUGAUGACCAGAAGAAAAACAAUAUCGAUUAUGGACGUUAUGACGAUUACAGAGAAUCAUUCGAUGAUGGCAAUGAUGGUGGUGAUGGUAAUGAUGAUAAUGAUGGUUGUGAUGGCAAUGAUGGCGAUGAUGUUGGUGAUGGCAAUGAUGGUGGCGAUGGUAAUGAUGUUGGUGAUGGUGAUAAUGACGGUCAUAAUGUUUAUAAUGAUACUAGGGAACUGGACGAAAGCAGCCAGCAAUACGAUGAUGAAUUGAAUAGCGACAAUUUAGAAAACUACUGAAAACUAGGCAAACACCUAAACUAUAUAUCACAAAAUGAACUGUUAAUAGAUUCUCUUAAAUAAUUGAUGUUAUUUAAUGCUAAUUAUAAUUGAUGUAAUAAAGCAUACCUUG